AUGGAAGCAGGAACCGUGGAAACACUCUCAAAAUGGCGCAUCAACAGGCCCGCCGUACAAAAUGUCAUUAUGGGCGUCAUCCUGUUCUGCCUACCAGGGAUCUAUCUCGCUCUCACGGGACUUGGUGCCGGAGGUGGAGGGCCCGGAGCGCUUCAUGUGGCCAUCAAUACCAAUGCCAUUCUGUACGGGUUGUUCACCGUCUUCGGCUGGAUAGGAGGCACCAUCCUCAACCUCAUGAAGCCCAAGGCGACGGUUAUCUUCGGCGGCUUUGGCUAUCCUCUCUACGUCGGGAGCCUGUGGUACUUCGACCGACGUGGUCAUGAUUGGUUUCCUUACCUGUCCGGAGCCCUUCUGGGCGUCACGGCCGGCUGCCUUUGGACUGCUGCGAGCUUCAUCGCCUGGACGUACCCGGAAGAGAAAGACAAGGGAAAGUACAUCGCCAUCCAAUGGGGUCUCACGUCGCUCGGCGGCACGGUCGGCGCCAGCGUCGCCUUUGGAAUCAGCGCGGACAAGACUGACGCAACGGGUGUGUCGGACCCCGUAUACAUUGUCUUUGUGGUUAUCAUGUGCUGUGCGAUCGUUGCUGCUGCACUUUGCAUCAAGCACCCUGCCAGCAUUGUCCGCGACGACGGCACACACCUGGCUGAGUUUAAGCCCACCAACACGCGGGCGGAGCUGCGAAACUUGAAGAAGACCUUCACCGACUGGAAGCUCCUGGCACUGACACCGGCCUUCUUUGCGUCCGAGAUGUGCCUUUCCACCACGAGCAGCCUGAACAGCUACUACUUCGACCUCCGGACGCGGUCCCUGAACAACGUCCUCUUCCAAGCCAUCAUGAUCGCUGGAUCUGUCGGCAUGAGCUUUCUCCUCGACGCGCAACAUUUGUCUCGCCGUCGCCGCGGCCUCAUCGCGUGCGUCACGGUCGGUGUCAUCACGAUGGGCGCCGCGGCCGGCUUGAUCGGAUGGAUGAAAAAGUACGGGCUCGACGGCCGACUCGAGACGCCCCCAGCAGUGGACUGGACGAAUGGGAGGUUCGCCGGAGGUGUCAUUCUGUACCUCCUCUGGGGGAUUGUCUAUUCCACAUACCUGUGCAGUGCCGGCUGGGUUGUGGGGUCGUUGUCGAAUGAUCCCGUCGUCAUCGCCAUGUACAGUGGCUUCACCAAGGGCAUGGGGUCGCUGGGCUUGUGUGUCUGUUUCGUCAUGGAUUCGCAGUCCGUCACAUACAUGACGCAGGCCAUUGUCCAGCUUGUCCUCUACGGAGUCGGCUCUCUCACGCUCAUUUACGUUGUCGUCUUCUACCUCAAAGACACCAACUAUUUCCUCGAAGAGAGCGUGGUGGUGCCGCUCCAUAUCCAGCAAGAGAAACAUGUCGCGAUUGAGGCACUGGAAGUCCCAGCAGACACUGAAGAGGUCUCAGCUACUGUCAGUGGGAAAACAGAGUAA